GAGUCUAAAAGUCAAGAGAGAUCAAAUAAAAGAUCGAGAAAUGAGAAACACAACUUCUUCAAAAAUGGGUCAAGUGCUAAUAGUGAUUCUUCUCCUUUGCACUGUCCUUGGCCGUACCGAGUCAGCUCUUCCUUCUGGUCACCGAUCAAUCUUACUAACCGGGAGGAGAAUGAUGGGUUACUAUAAACAUAUCCAGGUGCCAGUUAGACCAUCGCAGAGCCAACAAGGUGGUGGACGUGAUCAUGAUGAUGAUCCUCCUAUCGCAGCCAACGUUGAUUAACCGUGGAUUCUAAUUUUUGUUUUCUUUCUGCUUGUUUCGUCUUUAUUUGAAGUAAUAAAAGUUCUUGUAUCGCCUCUGUAUAUCAUAUCUUUUGUGUUUUUAA